AGAUAUAUAUAUAUAUAUGUAUAAUAUGUGUUUUAUGUGCAUAUGUGUAUAUACUUAUCAUUAACGCGACAUUAUGUGUGAAGCUAAAAGAGAAUUUAAAAAGGUUAAACACUGCAAUAGUAGCAUUCAUUUUUUCUAAGUUUGAUUUUUCAUUCAAAGUUUAUAUAUUAUGAUCAAAUUGAAACACAAAUAUUAACUGGAUAUUUAUAACCAACUAUAUUGUGUCUUAUGCAAAUGUUUUGUAAACGGUAGAAACAGUUUAUGUAUCGUUUGUGACUAUUAACAAAUUUCUACUACAUAAUAAUGGAAAAUAAUAUGACAGAAGAACAAAAAAGAUUUGUAGAAGAAUGUGAAAUUGAAUUUAAAGACCGUUUUACCGAAAAUGAUAUUGAAUUUAUGAAAAUUAAAAGUGCAUCACCAAAAAAGCCACCAAUUAUAGAUCCCUGGUAUACUAAACCACGUAGACAGCCAUAUUUCUGGGAUCAACAAAAUCAGGGACAUGGAAGUCGCAAUCAUAAUUGGGACCGUGGUAGUCUUGAAAGAGAUCCAUGGUACAAUAAACCACGCAAGCACUCAUAUGACCAGAAUCAACAAAGCUCGAGACAUGGAAGCCGCAAUCAUAAUUUGGACCGUAGAAGUUUUGAAAGAGGUGACAGAUUAGAUUCUAAUGAUGGAAAACAUUAUGCACAUUAUCAUAAUAGGAAGCUAUAUUAAAAUUAGCAUAUUACAUCUUUACUUUUUAUCAUAUAUUUUGUACAUAUAUUAUACAUUAAUUAUGUCAAAAAUUAUAAAUCAAAUAUAAUUGUUACUAAUAUCUGUAAUAAGAAAAAUAUUACAUUAAAAUCAAUAGAGAAAUACAUAAAUUUAACCCU